CUUGUAGUAGUUAAUUAAAGAUCCCUUGUGGCAUAGGGGAAGCGAAAGGGGAGGAUGCAGUGGUACUUCGUCGCUUCUCUUCUCACUCUCCUCACUAGCUCCCAGGGAAUCUUGACAACACUUUCACAAAGUAAUGGCAAAUAUAAGUACGAUUACGCAACUGUCCCAUUUCUUGCUGAAAUCUUCAAGCUUCUGGUAUCAGGUUUCCUUCUUUGGAAAGAGGGCCAGACAUCUCCACCAAGAAUGACUACAGAAUGGAAGAGUGUUCGUCUCUUUCCAAUCCCUUCAAUCAUUUACCUAGUCCACAACAAUGUGCAGUUUGCUACCUUAACUUUUGUGGACCCAUCAACAUAUCAGAUAAUGGGUAAUCUGAAAAUUGUCACAACAGGGAUCUUAUUCAGGUUGUUCCUAAGGAGGAAGCUGUCAAAUCUGCAAUGGAUGGCCAUUAUUUUGUUAGCUCUUGGAACAACUACGAGCCAGGUAAAGGGUUGUGGAGAGUCUUCAUGUGACUCCCUUUUCUCAGCACCAAUAGAGGGAUACAUGCUGGGGCUCUUGUCCGCCUGUCUUUCAGCUCUUGCUGGUGUUUAUACAGAAUAUCUUAUGAAGAAGAAUAAUGACAGCCUUUACUGGCAGAAUGUUCAAUUAUACAUGUUUGGUGCAAUCUUUAACAUGGCAUGGCUUUUUUGGGAAGAUUUUAGAGUUGGAUUUGAGAAGGGGCUUUUGUGGCAGCGCCUCUUUAAUGGAUACACAAUUACGACAUGGUUGGUUAUAUUAAAUUUAGGAUCUUCUGGAUUGCUGGUGUCAUGGUUGAUGAAAUAUGCGGACAAUAUUGUCAAGGUCUAUUCAACAUCAAUGGCAAUGCUUCUAACAAUGGUUUUAUCAAUAUAUCUUUUUAAUAUCAAGCCUACAGUGCAGCUUUUCUUGGGCAUUGUGAUCUGCAUUAUGUCGAUACACAUGUACUUUGCACCUGCAAAUAUGCUUGUAGACCUGCCAACAACAUCAAAGGCGGCCUCUAACAGCUUGAGUGAAGUAGCUGUCAAGCGCACAACAGAAUCGUGAUUACUUAUUGUUAGUUCUCUUGUUGGAUGAACCAAAAAUUUAGUGAAACAGUAUCUCUUGAUCCCGAAUGGCGUUUUCCCAAUAUUUACAAUCCACAAACAUGAAGAUUUUAGUGGCAACCAAAGGAUUAUGCAAGCUUCUGACCUCCAACCAAAAAAAAAAAAGGGAAGGGAUUCAGCAAACAUGAAUACUAGCAUAAGAGACAAGCUGCUUUGAGACCACAUUGGAAGCAAAACUUGAAACCGCAACAUGCGCAGGUUUGCAUAAUGUCUCCAAUAAUGCAGCAGGUGCGAUUCGUAGAUAUAUCAGUAUUAGACUCUGCACUGCUAGAUUGACAAUGCUGCUGAUCUUCAAAUUAGGAAAUACUUGUAUUUUUUUUCUUCAACUUUGGAACCUAUUACUGUUGAAUGACACAGCUGAUUGUUGUGAAGAAGCUGGAACUGUAUAUGUUCACUGUUGCAGCUCCAUUAUUGCUGUAACAUUCCAUUAUUUGUGAACUUUGAGUUUUGACCGGAGAUAAAUUGGUUCCCGUUGUUAUUC